GUGUGUGAGAUCAUUCGCCGCCACGUCCUCUUUUUCUCUCUCUCUCUCUCUGUGGUAAUGGCGGAUGAAGGCGAGGGACAAGACGGGCAGUCUACCGCCGGGCAGUUCUUACAACUCCCCACCCACCUCAGACUAUUAGGAAGUUCCUCAAGCCUCGCGGCCACGUCCGAUAGCUCGGCCCGUCCGGAAGACUCGGACAACGCUGACGAAGUCAACAGCACCAAUCUCUCGCAGGACCCCGAAGACUCCGGUCUGGCCUUUAUAGAACGCUGUGUGGGAGACGCCGCCUUCGCUCCGAUCCACUUUCAAGAGUUCCUGUCAGAAAACCUCGAGGAGAUCUUCCCCAGUUCUCCCUCGGAGGCUGGGGAAACCAAGGAUACGUUACUGAGGCCGCCCACCUCACCCCCGAAGCAAAGGACUCCCUUAGAAAAGUACUUACUCUGGGGUCGGCUCUCCAGCCCCUUUCUCGUCUUUCUCUUCAUCGGUGUCGUUUUUGUCGUGUUAGCCAGGAGCCAUCUCUCCCAGCUUCUCGAUCUCUUAGAACACCUCCCUUGGUUCGAGAGCACCGUGAUAUUUGUCUUUCUCUUCACCGUCAUCGCUUUCCCCUUUGGCAUUGGCUAUAUAGUCCUCAACAUGGUCGCAGGGUAUCUCUAUGGGUUCAUGAAAGGGCAGCUUGUGGUGAUGGUUUCAGUGACAAUAGGCAUGACCGUGUCUUUCUUUUUCUGCCGGAUAUGGUUCCGUGAGUACGCACAGCGCAUCGUGACAUCCAACGCCAUGCAGGCUAUCAUGAGAGUGGUCGAGGGGAAGAACGGGUUGAAGGUGAUCGUCUUGACACGACUAACACCCGUCCCCUUUGGUCUUCAAAAUGUUCUAUUUUCAAUGACGAGCAUCAGUUACUGGCGGUUCCUAGCCGGCUCCUCCAUCGGUCUCAUACCCACCCAGUGCAUCAACACGUACAUGGGGAGUACGGUGCGCAACAUGCAGGAAGUCCUGGGCAACAAGAUCGACGGCUACAUCAUUUUGAUAGCACAAGUCCUCUUCAGCGUCGUACUGAUGGUCUAUGUCUUUCGGAAGGCGCGAAAGGAACUGACAAAGCUAACUCAGACGAAUCAGGAUCCAGGAAAGCCAGCCAGUGCAAAGGAGAGCAUUGCAUAAUCACUAUAUAUAGCAUCCAUUUUUUGAUUUUGAGUUUAGUGCAUUUUUAUCAUCUUUUUAGCAAGAAUUAAUCACA